CGCUUGGCUUGCGGCGUGGGGGCAGGGCCGCAAUAGCAGCCGGGACCUGGACUCCGGUGAUUGGCGGAGGGCGGUGGCUGGGCCGUCACGUGGUCCCCGACAUGUUUGUUUGCGGAAGUAGGGGGAAGUAGAGGUGCUGAGUAAGCCGAGGUCCCUGCAGGGCCAGGAUCCAGGACGGCACUGACCGCGGGUUCGGGUGGUGGGGCCGCUCGGCCUGCCGCAGAGGAUGCAGUUCUUCGGCCGCCUGGUCAGCACUCUCAGCGGCGUCACUACUUUGUUCUCAAACCCGUUCCGGGUGAAGGAGGUGGCCCUGAGCGACUAUGCCUCAAGUGGCCGGGUGCGGGAAGAAGGGCAGCUGAUCCUGUUCCUGAACGCCUCCACUCGCACCUGGGACUGCAUCUUGGUCAACCCCAGGAACUCCCAGAGUGGCUUCCGACUCUUCCAGCUGGAGUCAGAGGCCGAGGCCCUGGUGAACUUCGAGCGGUUCUCCUCUCAGCUGCCGCCCUUCUAUGAGAGCUCCACGCAGGUCCUGCACACCGAGGUCCUGCAGCACCUCACCGACCUCAUCCGCAGCCACCCCAGCUGGUCCGUGGCGCACCUGGCCGUGGAGCUGGGCAUCCGCGAGUGCUUCCAUCACAGCCGGGUUAUCAGCUGCGCCAACAGCACAGAGAAUGAGGAGGGCUGCACCCCCCUGCACCUGGCCUGCCGCAAGGGCAACGAGGAGAUCCUAGUGGAGCUGGUACGGCACUGCCACGCCCAGAUGGAUGUCACCGACAGCAGGGGAGAGACCGCCUUCCACUAUGCCGUGCAGGGUGACAGUGCCCAGGUGCUGCAGCUCCUAGGGAAGAAUGCGUCUUCCGGGCUGAACCAGGCGAACCACCAGGGGUUGACCCCGCUGCACCUGGCCUGCCAGCUGGGGAAGGAGGAGAUGGUGCGUGCGCUGCUGCUGUGCAAUGCGCGCUGCAACGUGGUGGCGCCCAGUGGCUACCCCAUCCACACGGCCAUGAAGUUCUCCCAGAAGGGGUGUGCUGAGAUGAUCGUCGGCGUGGACAGCAACCAGAUCCACAGCAAAGACCCUCGCUACGGAGCCAGCCCCCUGCACUGGGCCAAGAACGCAGAGAUGGCCUGCAUGCUGCUGAAGCGGGGCUGCGAUGUGGAUGGCACCAGCGCCUCGGGGAACACGGCCCUGCACGUGGCAGUGAUGCGCAAUCGCUUUGACUGCGUCAUGGCGCUGCUGACCUACGGGGCCAACGCGGGCGUGCGCGACGAGCACGGCAACACCCCGCUGCACCUGGCCAUGUCGAAAGACAACGUGGAGCUGGUGAAGGCCCUCAUUGUGUUUGGGGCAGAAGUGGAUACCCCGAAUGACUGCGGAGAGACUCCUGCCUUCAUAGCCUCCAAGAUCAGCAAACUCGUCACGAGGAGGGCGUUCUUGACUCUGCUGAGAACUCUGGGGGCCACCUACAGCCUCCCACCCAUCCGAGGGGCCCCCUCAGAGCACGGCUCUGUGGCAUCACCUCAACCCUGCUCCCUGGAGAGAGCUCAGCCCCCACCGGUCAGCUUAAGCAGCCUAGAGCUGCAGGACCUCGUGCAUGUCUCCCGCGCCCGGAAGCCGCCCUUCCUCCUGAGCUCCAUGAGGGACGAGAAGCGGAUCCACGACCACCUGCUCUGCCUGGACGGAGGAGGCGUGAAAGGCCUGGUCAUCAUCCAGCUCCUCAUUGCCAUCGAGAAGGCCUCAGGUGUGGCCACCAAGGACCUCUUUGACUGGGUGGCAGGCACCAGCACAGGCGGCAUCCUGGCCCUGGCCAUUCUGCACAGCAAGUCCAUGGCCUACAUGCGAGGCCUUUACUUCCGUAUGAAGGACGAGGUGUUCCGGGGCUCUCGGCCCUACGAGUCAGGGCCCCUGGAGGAGUUCCUGAAGCGGGAGUUUGGGGAGCACACCAAGAUGACGGAUGUCAAGAAGCCCAAGGUGAUGCUGACUGGGACACUGUCUGACCGGCAGCCGCCCGAGCUCCACCUCUUCCGGAAUUAUGAAGCCCCAGAGGCCUUCCGGGAGCCUCACAUCGGCCAGAACGUUAACCUGAAGCCUCCAGCUCAUCCCUCAGAGCAGCUGGUGUGGCGGGCGGCCCGCAGCAGCGGGGCAGCCCCCACCUACUUCCGGCCCAACGGGCGCUUCCUGGAUGGCGGGUUGCUGGCCAACAACCCCACGCUGGAUGCCAUGACCGAGAUCCAUGAGUACAACCAGGACCUGAUCCGCAAGGGUCAGGGCAGCAAGGUGAAGAAACUCUCCAUCGUGGUCUCUCUGGGCACAGGGCGGUCUCCUCAGGUGCCUGUGACCUGUGUGGAUGUCUUCCGCCCCAGCAACCCCUGGGAACUGGCCAAGACCGUUUUUGGAGCCAAGGAACUGGGCAAGAUGGUGGUGGACUGUUGCACGGAUCCCGAUGGGCGGGCUGUGGACCGGGCCCGGGCCUGGUGCGAGAUGGUGGGCAUCCAGUACUUCAGAUUGAACCCCCCGCUGGGGACAGACAUCAUGUUGGAUGAGGUCAGUGACGCAGUGCUGGUCAACGUGCUCUGGGAGACCGAGGUCUACAUCUACCAGCAUCGAGAGCAGUUUCAGAAGCUGGUGCAGCUGCUGCUCUCGCCUUGAGUGCCUGCGGCAAGGCCACCACCUGCGGGCAGAGCCAGGCCGGGCAGCCCCACGCCCAGGGGCGGACUGGACCCCGAGCCCCGCAGCUUCUGCCUGAGGCUGGCCCCGCUCCUACCCACCUUUGGCACCUUCUGUCACGGCAGGCUGCGUGCUCAGAGUCCUCAGCCCUUUCCCUGACUGAGGGACAAAUGACUUGACCAGUAGCCCUGCACCCCCUCAGCUGCAACACUACAGUGCCCAGCGCACCCCACAGCCCCCAGGCCUGCAAGGGCCCCCCCCCGGUUCCCAGUGGGCACAGCCCCCUCACCCCACCCUCUCCACAGGGGAAACCCAGGCUCUGGGAGCGGGGCGCCCCAUUCGACUUUGCCCCUCUGCACAUCCGGCCACCCCAGCCCUGGAGCUGCCCCACCCUGCUCUCAAAGGUCACCCCUGUGAGCUCCCUUAAUCUUGCCCGCAGAAGCGUUUGAGUGGGGAGGGGAUGGGCGCCCCAAACUGAAAUAAAUGGUGUGGACUCCA